GUUACAGUUACUGACAUGAUCUCCCUUCGACUUUGAGAAUACCAGAGAAAUGAAAAGAUGAUGUUGCUGUUCAGUCGAUAAUCAAAAGCAGUUCCACUUACCUUUUUUGAAGUGCACGAAAUUCCGAAAAAUUAUUGGCAAAGACCUACACGUCUUGACUAAUUGACUUUUUGCUGCCAUGCACUCUCACAACCUAACGAGGAAAAAAAUGAAUGCACAACUAAACUAACAGUUUGUCUGUUUAACAAAUUUGCACAACCACAACGGGAGCAGUCAAAUGGAAAUGAAUCUAAUUCCUAUGUUUGUAAAAAUGUAGUCACCUCUUCCUCUUGAGCGUGUCACAAGACCAAGAUUUGGGAUGUUCGGGAACUUCAUCUUUUUUUCGCCAUAUAGACAUUGAAACGCAAAGGAAGUUGAUCCUGUCGUGUACGACCUUCAUCUUCGGUCAAAAAAUAAAAGUUGAUCCUGUUCCUUACAGAAUCGAAAUCUUUGCCGAAAUUUCUGCACGAGACAAUCGAUCUUCUGAAAAAUUGAAAACGUAAAGAAAGUCGAUUGAGUUCUGAACACAUUUGCAAUUUUCCGAUUAUGAGGCCUUCUAUGCCGCUUUGCCAGCGCGUCGGUCGAAGAUUACCUGACGAAAAAUGCUAUCUUGAUUCACGAGCUUUUCUUGAGUUUGAUGUCCUAUACCUUCUGACAUUGUAACCAGGACGCAUGUUGCCUUCUUUUUCAUGAAGCUGCGUUGGUUUUGUCAAUCAUUCUUGAGUAGCAGCUCCAAGCUCUGAUGUAAAAACUUCUAGUUCUACCCAAUCGAAGAAGACGCGCAUUAUUUUAUUUGAAUUAUAUCUGCAUAAAGGCUUUUUUCGUUUCCCACUUGUUUCCCUAUCCCUGUACCCGUGUGAUAUUACUUACUUGCCCCGCUACUUCCUCUAUACCCUGUUCGCCUCUUGUCAACCACCCGACACGACAUCGAUUGAGAAUCAAAAUGGGCGCGUGUGUCUGCUACGACCCGAUCUAUGAUCCCUACUACGAUCCCUACUACGACCCUUACUACGGCCCGCCACCGCCGGUGAUAUACGGACCUGCUGCGCCGGUGGUUUACGAGCAGCCUGUAAUAGUGGAGGAACAGAUCAUCUACGCCGGGGACGGUGGCACGGGCGGGGGCACCGCUGGUGGGAUUAUCAACCGUGCCGGCAAGAAAAGCGCGGCGAUAACGAACGACCACGACACCGCGGGGUACUACAAGUAAACGCCGAGUGAACUACCAGUACGAGAACGACAAAAUGUGGGGAAAAAAAGAUUGAUAUGAAAUUAUACGGCUAGUUACCGAAACAUCUGAACUCGUACUUUCAAACGGACUCCAGAUUUCAGAUGCGAUAUCGCCAGCACACGAGCACGAUUUCUUCAACAUGCUAUAGUACAAAACAAGUAAGCACCACCUGGGCGAUCAUAAGCUGAAGCUCAGUCUUGUGAUUUCGUGCUGGAUACUCAUGAUUCAUGUUUUGGAAGAAGAAAAGUUGUACGAUUAACAUGGAGAGAAGCGCAAGGUAGAGACCGCUUCCAGCGGCUCAAAGUAAUUUUUCUACUUCGACUUCUACUACAGUAAAACGCUUACUAAGUCAUUGCGCUGGUACUUGUUGGGCGGCGCUCCGUGUUUUUAACAUUAUGUUGACAGUACACACAACCCUUUUUGCGCGGACCUCGAAGCGGAGCCUUCAAGUUCAAUUCCAUCGUAGUUCAACCAUCGGCGGCGGUCCAUUUACUUCUUGAAGUUGAAGUUGUACAACCUAUCCCCAAUGUACAGAAACGAUUUUUCAACAAAGGUUUUCCAAAAAACCGCAUAGGUGGAAGUAGUGACAUGCAGUGCUGCUCUUCAAAAAUCAUAUGAAAUAACUAUCGAAAU